CUUUCCUGUUUUCACAGCGUAGCUUUCGAUAUCGACGAGAAAGCACAAGAAGAAAAGACUUUCGAUAUCAAUAAUGAGCCUGAAGAUAUAGCCGGACCUUCCGCAAAGAGCCACGAUCAAAGGGAAUCGAAGUCAAUAAAGAAGAAGAAAAAGCGUAAACCUUGGAGAGAGGAACGCGUGAAAUCAACGCCGGCAAAGAAGCAGCACGAAAAGUCCAGAUCCGCAACACCAUCGGUCGAGAAAGCCGACGACAGCUAUGUGCUCGGAUGUCUUUUAAAAUCGGCCGGUGUCCGUUGUGCUAUGAACCAUGAUGACCUGAUCAGUGACGAGCCUUCUGGUUACCUCGUGGAGAAAGAAGCUGACGCUGUCGCAACUCGAGCCGCCAAAUCCAUCCGUAGACGGACAAAUAUAUCAUUCGUGCAAAAGUUUCGCUCCAAAUUCCAACACCACCGGUGGAAGGAGAUUUGUCCAUGA